UUGAGACUUAGGAGGAAGGAUCAUAUGGAGCGACCCGAAGUGCUGUGGGUGAACACGAGCUGUGCCGACGGUUCGUUGUUCACUUUGACUUGCCUGUCUCAUCAGGCUGUCUGUCAGGUUGUUGGGAACGUCAGCUCAACAGCCUCUCCCCAGAAGAAUCUCACUGUAAACACCAGCUGGAUGGUGCAGAUGGAAGACAAAUAUGGCUUCUUCAUUGGCUUGGGCCUGGCCAUCUUCUCCAGCUUCCUCAUUGGAAGCAGCGUCAUCCUCAAGAAGAAAGGACUGCGUCGACUUGUGGAGAAAGGAGGCACCAGGGCAGGGGAUGGAGGUCACGGCUACCUAAGGGAUUGGCUGUGGUGGGCUGGUUUGCUCACUAUGGGUGGAGGAGAAGCCGCCAACUUUGCCGCAUAUGCUUUUGCACCUGCAACAAUUGUUACACCACUCGGAGCACUGAGUGUGCUCAUAAGUGCCAUUUUGUCCUCCUAUCUGCUCGGAGAACGGCUCAACUUACUGGGCAAACUUGGCUGCAUGCUGAGCAUUGUGGGUAGUACAGUACUUGUGAUUCAUGCGCCAGAGGAAGAAGAAGUCACCACUCUGGGUGAAAUGUCCUCUAAACUGAAAGAGCCAGGUUUCCUUGUUUAUGCUGGCAUUCUCCUGGUGGCCUGCCUGGUUCUGAUUUUUUUCCUCGCGCCACGUUAUGGCCAGACCAAUAUUCUCAUCUACCUCACCAUCUGCUCUGUGAUUGGGGCUUUCUCCGUCUCUUCGGUCAAAGGGCUUGGCAUCGCCAUCAAGGGCCUUUUCGCUCACUGGCCUGUUCUGCAGCACCCACUGAUCUGGAUUCUUGUCAUCACUUUAGUGGCUUCUGUCACCACCCAGAUCAACUACCUUAAUAAGGCUCUGGACAUUUUCAACACCUCCAUGGUUUUCCCCAUCUACUAUGUGCUAUUUACCACCAUUGUCAUCACCACUUCGGUCAUCCUCUUCAAAGAGUGGGUCACCAUGUCUGUCGUGGACAUUAUUGGAACAGUAUGUGGAUUCCUGACCAUUAUUUUAGGGGUGUUUUUACUCCAUGCCUUCAAAGAUAUGGACAUCAGUUUGAGGAACCUCCCACAAAUACUUCAGAAUAGUGACCAGGCCCCAGUAAUUAAGGAUGACAGGAACAUUCUAAUAGAGUUGGAUAGUCCGGGAACCAAGGCUGAUGGCAAACCCAAAGUUUUCAUGAUCUACAGUUGAAACCUAAAAUAAACAAUCCUGCAGCUGCAAAGACUGGGACUAAACUGUGUGUGUGCAAGAGUUUGCAUUCAAUGGAACAUCACCAUAUGCACGUUCUGAAAAUAUCGAACACAAUGAAUGAGCUCCCUCUUGAAUACAACGAACAAGCUUCCACACCACAU